AUGGCGUCGCUGAAGUUGAGGGUGCCUGGCGACAGCGUUCCAGUCUUCUCCAUCUAUGCGCCGCACAACGGCAAACCGUACGAAGAGCGAUUCAAUUUCUACUCCGAGCUGUCCAGCUUCCUUUCCUCUGCUAGUGGGAAUGGCCCCAAGGCAGAGACGCUGGCCGAGUACGUGGAGAAAGUCCAAUGGGCAGUGCGGCCUCUGGAGCCGGUUCUUGCCGACACCUGCCUGGGCCCGGAGCUCGACGUCGAUCUGCGCGACAUAUCCGAGAGUGAGGUCGUGAAAACGGCGGCAAGACUCGAGAUCCGCAGGGCAGCCGGGCGAUCUACGCGAAUCGUUGCCUCUCUGCCUCUGACGCUGGCAAGCAAUCAGGCCAGCAGCAAUUGCCCGUUGUCCCCGUACCUUUUCAGCAUGGUCAUGACGGUCCUCAUUACCGACGCCAAGGAGCUCCCAAAAACAUCCGGAACGCAGCUUUCUACAAAGACGCAUGCCAAUGAUAUCCUAUAUGCAGAUGACACUCUUCUGAUCGACGUCGACACUGGCAACGUAGAGAAGUACAUCCACUGCGUGCGACGAGCGGGCAGCGUCUACGGUUUAAGUUUCAAUUGGAAGAAGCUGGAGCUCGUCUCCUCAACAGACGUCGCUAGCAUCACUGUGCCGACCGGCGACGAAAUCAAGUCCAAAAGCAAAAUUGUUUACCUGGGCUGCGCGAUCACGUCGGACGGGACGUCUGGCUCGGAGCUCAAUCGCCGAAUUGGAGCCGCACGAGAAGAAUUCGAAACACUACGCCGCGUCUGGUCCCACUCCGGAAUAUCUCGCGCUAGAAAAUUGGAGAUAUUCAACGCCUGCGUUGUCAGUAAAGUCUUGUACAGCCUGCAUUCGCUGUGGCUGUCCAAGGCGGAGAUCCGGAAGAUCGACGGGUUUCAGAACAGCAAGCCGGUGUUCAACCUAUGA